AUGUCUGAUUACAGUAAAACCUCUUAAUUUAAGGCUCCUAAUGGCUAAAAUGAAAAUUUCGAGUGUUAGGAAUGUAAUAAAACCUUUAAAUAUGAAUCUCAUUUCUUGCGUCAUAUUCAAACCCACUCAGACUCUCGUCCUUUCGAGUGUCCAAAAUGCUAAAAAAAGUUUAAACGUUAAGAUGCUCUCAAAACUCAUGAGCGUACUCACUCUGAUGAUCUUCCUUUUAAAUGUUCUCGCGAAGGAUGCUGCGAAAGCUUUGCAAGCAAGGCUGCUUUGCGCUACCAUGAAUUACGUCAUACUAAUGAGACUGUAUUCAUUUGCGAUAAAGAUGGGUGCAACAAGAAAUUUUUGACUCUUGGCUAACUAAAAUAACAUUAGCGCACAAAAAUUCAUGCAAAGCAAGCAUGUCCUUAAGUAUUCGGAGACUUUGAUUAGUACAAUAAAGCUCAACCUGCUCAAAAUCUCUCUCACUCCCUCAGCAGUAGCGGAAAUAUUAAUAAUAAUUCAACUAAUUCUGGAUACUAAAAUCAAAUUUUUUAUAACCCAGCUGCACCUUAUAUUUAAUUUUCUCAACCUCAACAAUUAUACAGUCUAUAAAACUCAACUUAACCUAAUUUCUUGUGUGGAAAUAAUGUCAAUUUAAUUUAGAGUAUGAGCGAUUACCUUUCCAAUGAAAACAUUCCUUAAGUGAGCAGUGUUCCCUCCAACUCUGCUCCCAGCAUUUCUACCCUUGAAUAAAAAAUUAACAUAAAGAAGGAGCAUCACUAAGAGGACACCUUCCUAGACGAUUUUAGUGAGGAUGAAUAAGUGUUUAUCGAUCAAAUAUGGAGUACAAUUAAACAGGAAAAUACUAAUAAUGAUUAUGAAUGUCCUAAAAAAUCCUCUAAUGAAUUCAAUAAUUCUUGCGAUAAUGCUUACCACAGUGAUUAUCCAAUCCAAAAACGUCGUAGAAACAACCCAGUAAAAAGUGAUAACAAAAUUAAUGCUAGCUCUAACACUUCUAAUCUGCUUAUGGAAUUCACUGGUCUUAAUGCAUCUGGAAGCUCUUUCAGUCGUCUUAAAUAAGAGCUGCGUAUUAUUGUGGGACUAAUUGAUAAAAUUAAAAAGGAAGAUGAAGAAUUAAUACCCCCAGCUUCAAACAGCGAAAAUUAAAACUUCAUUGAUAAUUUCGAUUCCAAUCAAUAAGAAUAAUAAAUCAGUAAAAACUCUGAAAAAAGAUUAAACAGCUGUGAAUUUUAGAAAAAUUCCACUGAUUACCAAGAAGAUUCCAAUUAUCACUUCUAUUAAAAUGAUGACAGUCCCUUCCACAACUACGAAUGUCAAAUGAUUCACAACAAUAUUCCUAGUGAAGUAAUUGAUAAGGAUGAAAAGGAAUAAUCCAAUGGAUAUUACAAAACCUACGAACGCCCACUAUUAAAAAAGAAGAUCAAAACUGCUGUCCGUUUCGUCCAAUAUUGCAAGAAGGUCUUCAAGGAGCAAAAGAAGCAAUAAAUUUAACAAGAUUAAUAACAAUAAUAAUAAAAGCGCAUGCAAAUUCAAACCACUCAAAACUCCUAUACUAACAAACCUUUAAACAACUACUUUGAGCAGAACGUUUAAUUUAGUUUUACUCCCAAAUAAGAGUUCUAGUAAUUCUCACAAUAGUAUGAUACUAAUUCUUAAUUUAGCUAACAAAACACCUAUAACAAUUACUAAAAUUUCUAAAACUUCAACGUUGAAGACUUAUAUCCUAAGUAAGUUCAAAUGGCAAACAACAUAAACUUCGCUUCCUCUAACAGAAUUAACCAACGUAACUCUUCUUUCAAUUUCACUCAAUAGUCUUUCUUGCAGAAUGGUUAGUAAACAUAAAAUAACUUCAUGAAUUAAUUCAAUAAUAACUUCUAGAAAAACAUAACCGCAAAUUACUCUUUAGACCAAUACAGAGUUCAAUCUUAGUAAUAACCUUCUGCUAGUUACAAUGAUAUGGCUCCUAUCUACAUAAGCAGCUUAAAUAAUACUUUGGCUGAUGAUAGCUAAUUACAGUUCAGUGAUAUCGAUAUUAAUUAAUUUAGUGAAAUGGCUCCUAAUAUAUUCGAUGCUGCUGAUGAAGUUCAAAGCGUUUAACUCUAUACUGAUCACUAAUUCAUCCCUACUUAAUAAUUUAAUGUCUGCAACUGA